AACAUGCGUUCACGCGGGCCGUUAAGCGUGCGUGGCCGUGAUUAUAAUAUAUUUAUACUUGGAGUUAUUUCCUAUUAAGACCUUGGUAACGCGAGAUGGGCUUCUGUGUCGAUUUGCGGCGCAGACCAUCCCACAGGCUCCGGAUUGACGCUGUGGUCAGUACACGCUGAGCGUAUUUAACAUAUUAUCUAGCUGUUGAGUGUAGUUACCUUGUGUUAAAUUCUUGUUUGGCUGUUUUGGGCCGGACGUAAGUUCAAGGUCUACUGUAGGCCGUUGUUCUUCACGAUAUAAGUCUUUUUGGCUCUAUUUUAUCUUAACUUUGUUUAUAUUACAUUAUUUCUGUUUAUCUAGCACAUUGGCUGUAAUAUUGGUGUUGCUUGCCGUUUAUGGCCCAAGACUGUGUUGAUUAGGCUUUUGGCCUACGAUGCUUCGUAUUAGCGAUGGAUCAAGAUUCGGCAAUCAGUCGGGAUACUUCUCAGGAGGAGGACCGUUUUUGGAUAGAUACUGAACGUCAGUACUUCAGUAGCCCCAACCCUACUUUACUCCUGUGUUUGCGUAACCACGCCUGGCACUGCCGCUAUAUCGCGCGGGAGUCUCGUAAGCUUCUAAACACUAUUGACGGCGCAUCUUCUGGACAUUCCGGUGCUGCUCGUAGUAAAAAGAGUUCGAAGACGCACUCCAGUGGCAAAUCGGGUGCUUCCAACAAUGUUAAGAAUCCAGGUCCUGGUGCUACCCAGGAUGGGUCUUGUCCAGAGGAGAAUGGCAUUAUUUCGGUUUCUAUCGGUGUGAAGAACAAGAGCAUGAUAAUGACUCCUCAUGGUACCAAUGCUAUACCAUCUAGACUACCAUUUGCUACGGGUAUUGUUACUGGGGAUCAUCCAUCAUACGCUGAAGACCGUUCAUUUUACUUGUCUCGUACUCAGACUCCGGGUACUGUUGACGACGAUCUGUAUUACAACCCAGUGGUCAGUGCCAAGCACGAUAGCAAGUUACGUCUGCCCAUGAUUUUGCCAUCACAGGCACCUGAUGGUAUAAGGCUUCUGAUCUACUGUCCCGAGGAACCUGGUCGUGAGACUGACCCAGACGCACCAAGGAAGCCUGGAUACAAGACUGGUAUGCUUACAGAUAUUUUAAACCCUGACCACAUUCCCGAGAUUCUUCAUGGACCAUCCCCUGUAUGGUCGCGUGUAUUCCAGCCAAUUUUCAAGACUGGCCGUGACAUAUCGCCAUUUUAUGAGAAGUCCAGUCCAUUGUUGGAGGAUAUAAGAGGUCCUGUGGUUGACCCUGUGUGGGAGAGCCACAAUGACUUUGACCUGAGCACUCGUGCCAGUCGUGCUCCCAUGUUGUGCAGUCUCGGGUUCACGGAAGUGCUGCCUCAAUGCACUAUUGACUACAGCCCGAAGCUGUUCACCUUUGUGGAGGCUAAGGCAGGGCAAAUAUGUAAGCGUUGUUUGGGCAUGCCAAAGGUGUCGUGCCCGUUGUGUAUGACUGGUGACCAGGGCAACAACAUACCCGGGGUGUGUUUCAGCAACCAUGGGUCCAUCUAUAAUCGCUUCGAGUUGGUAUUCAACAAGCUGGACAUAUACAAGGCACGCAGUGAUAUGGGCAUGCAGUCUUACCUCAAUCCCUACAAUGCCAUUGCUGAUUCCCUGGUACCACUAAAGCGCUCCACUGACGACGAUAUUACGGCAGUAAUUCGGGAGUAUGUGACAACGCUUGAGGAGAUUGACGUCGCCUUUAGCUCUAUUAUCGAGCGAGUGGAGGCCGAGAAGAAGCCUAAUUUCGAUUAUUGGUCUGAUAUCGAGUCCCAGAUGGUCAGCAGUUACAUUGAGCAGUACAACAACAAGAUGAUGGAUAAUCGCUACAACUAUAGUACCCAGCGCCAGAGCAUAGACGUGUUGCGCAUCCGUAUAACGUGUUCCAAGAGUUCUACCUUGCCCGUACAGUGGACUGACCAUGCAUUGUGCAGUGUUUGUGGCAGUGACGAGGAUUGGGAUGACGAUCCAAUUUUAUUUUGUGAUUGUUGUUACAUACCCAUGCACUACUGCUGCCUAGGGUUCACUCCUGGCACCAUGUCCGAGACUAUACGCCAGAAUGUGCGGCGGCACAAGCUGUUGCAUACCAAAGAGGAUGAUGAACCUAAUAUCGAUGAGGAUGAGUGGAUAUGCCCGUCAUGUUUAUUCCUGUUGGACCAGUUGGCCUUCCUAGACGAGAACAUGGCUCUUAAGGCCAUUCGCAUAGCUGCCGGGCCACGUAACAAACAAAUGCUUGAUAUGUUGAGUGGCAGUCCUAUCGCUGACGUGUCCCAGCCUCUGGAGGAAGCUCGUUUGCCGUAUAUAGUCGGAUUUAGGUACGACAGCCCUAUAGAGCGCAUUGACCUAUGCACGUUGUAUCGCAGGACACCAUUGUCGGUUCAUCUCUUACCAAGCAAUCCGCCCACUGAAAAGGUACCUAACGACCCUGCCGACGACAAGCGCAAUGAAUCUGUGCCAAACGACCCUAAGAAGCAGCCUAAGAUUGAAUGCCUGCGCAGUCGCAAGUUAACGUUCGGUGCACUGAUGGACUAUGGUAACAUACCCACUACCGUGGCAAUAACCCUCCCCGGUGAGGAUAUACAAUCGCCAUUUGACUAUGAUCUUAGCGGCUUUGAGAUGGAUCUCCUGGGUCGCACAAUAACUCAAUUUUGGUCGUUCAAGGGUAUGACCCAGGCCCAACUGGAGAUUGCCCGUGAUAUUUUUGAUGAAAACCUGGUGAGGUACAUGACUGAUGGCAACUUGGAUGGUAUGCUGAAGCUAUUCAUGUACAUGCCCAAGGAAGAGGAAAAUACUCACCACGCGAUUAACCAGGAUCGUGCAUUCCAGCGUCAGAAGGCUGUACCACAGAAACGGGGUCGUAAGCCUGCCGAAUUCAAAAGUGAGCGUUUAGCCCAGCUGGCCAGUUCUAGCUCCAUCACCAGUAACCCGGAGGUGCGUCACGCCGAUGAAGACAUAAAUCCCGAGGACAUGUACAGCUUUAACUGCAAGAACGGCUUGAAGAAGUUAGUGAUCUCAGUCCGCAUGGCACGCAACUUCUUCGUUAACGUGAAGUUGCCUGUAUGCAUUCUCUGCGGUUUCGAUGCGUACUACCCUGGUGGCGGUCCCAUGAAGCGUACUUCCAAGCCGGGUACUUGGGCGCACGUGCGCUGUGCCAUUUCCAUGGACUGCACUAUUACACCGCAGCAUGUGGACUUUGAGUCCUUCGUACCCAAGGUCAAGGCCCUCCGUUGCCUUGUGUGCCACCAUUUGAGCACUGCCAUUGUGCAGUGCUCCCACGGCAGCUGCUGCAAGGCGUUCCACGUUACCUGUGCGGCGUCAUCCUCUAACUGCUUGUUUACAUGGGAUCAGGGUGGCAGACCGGAUAUACUAUGCCCUCAGCAUGCAUCCGGGCUUGCGCCCACCGUACUUUUGCGCAAGCUCCAGACCAAGAUACAGUACAAGAAUUUCAAGAAACUCAGUGGCCAUGAAACCAGCCUGGACUACGUUAACCCCAAGGACGAUGUGUUUGUUACCCACCUGCUAGACCCCAACUACAGGGUCAUCGCAUCGGCAAUUGAGCAUGUGAUGGGUCUUAAGCAACGCUCGCUGUUUGCACUGCCCAUGUAUGGCGACUCGUUAAACUCGCGCACGGCUGACAAGAUUACUGAGUCACAGGAAGACCUUAGGUCAAAAGCACCCAAGAAGCCUGAAGGUCGUUCACAACCACGCGAUAAUACGGGUAAAUUUGAGUCAGUUUGCAAGAAUCCUGGCAAUGUCCUGGAAAAUCACGAUUCUCCCCAAGAAGCUAUGUCUCCCAAGUCCUUGGAUAAGCAAGAUCCAGAUGGUACACUACCAGGUGAAGUCUGUACUCCCACGAGGGAUCUUGAAAGUAUCCCUUCAAGUGCGGAUGGGUCCGUGGAGGUGACCACAGAUGAGGCGACGCCAAAUCAUGACGAUUCAGGUACUCCCGUAAGGGGUAUACGGAAGAGGCGCAACUACAGGUUAGAGCUUACAACCCCUCCUCGUGUCCUAAGGCCUCGACGGCAGUGCAACACGAAGCCUACGGAGGUGAAAGAGCCUGUGAAAGCAAAGUCAGCGGACACGCCGGCUGUACCCAAGGGAACUCCAAGGAAAGCUGUUACAACAUGCAGGAUCACACAACUGGAUAAAGCAAAUUGCGUUUGGUGUGGGAUGGGUAACAGUGACGACGACGAGGCGACGCAUUACAAGCUGGUCUAUGACGACAAGUGUCCCACCGCGCACCACGUCGGUAGUUAUCUGUUCCCAGAUUACAAUGCCGCAAGACGCGCUUGCGAGGCCUUAUGCGAGCGCAAGCCCAGUGAGAACCCAGUGAUCAUUGAGGGCAUACCUCCCAUCAUUUUAACCGAUCUUUGCGCGGCGUCACGUUUGGUUGACGAAAAAAUGCUAUCGUACAUAUCAGAGGACUUUAUCGGUGGCCAGAGGCUCAUAACAGAGACUGUUGUGAAAGGAUACCGUUCGGCACUAAUCGGGCUCACCAGGCUACUUAACAUUCUGUACUUCAAGAAUAGGAACGAUGCCGAGAUUUAUGGGAUAUUCGAUGACAUGAUUGAGCACAUGAAGACUAUACAGUGGAUCGAUGACGCUAGACGGAAUUGUGAAAUUGGUACCACCUCUGCCAAUGACCUUUUUGCCUCUUUAACGCAAAUGUCACCCAAUUACGCCAAUACAUCUCGAGGUGCACACGAUACCUUAGAUCUUCGCCAGGAAUGCCGGAAUAAGGUAUUGGACGUGCUAAAAACACUGAACAAUACAGUAUUUAUGCGUUUGGAGCCAGGGGUGCUGCCCAUGGCCAUCACGAAGAUACUGGGACCUAAGCAACAGUCUGAUAUCUCAUCCCCAGGAAUCGAGUUGGUCCGUGGCUACGUUAUAUGUUCCGGUUGCAUGGAAUUCAAAGUGAUUGAAACGGAUGCUGACGAGGAUGUUGGCACCUCUCGCAAGCGUGUGAACUACGCGCAGCAUUACAAGACAUGCCGUGGAUGCAAUGCCAGGGCAUGCGAUGACUGUUUAUCGCAGUUGAAGUCAGCUCGUGUGCGUGCGAAAGCGAAUGCAGUGGCUAGUGCCAUACCAACGGAACACGGAACGGCGGAUUUGUACAUGUCCGCUGCUACAUUACUGUCGCAGCCCUUAUACCCCGGUAUAAGCCCACCCAAAUCAAGGAGUCUGCAACCCAUAGUGGAGCCUGAUAAUACGGCCCCUGGCCGUUCCCCCGUGGUGUCAAUGCCACUGUUGGCCAGGAACCAGUUGGUGGAACCACCUGGUAUGGGCGUCAUCACACCAAUGGGCGGUGGACCACCACUUGGGCCCAUGGUGGCGCCGAAUAUGAACAGAAUGUGCCCGGACACCUCGAGCCCGGUGAGGCGGAUGAUGCCACUUCCUCAUGUUGGCAGCCCGUUGCCUAUGCGGAACCCUAACGCCCCGGAGACACACACAACUCCUAUCAAGCAGGUGAUGAUGCCCAUGUGCGGGUCCGUGCCUAGUAUGUGCGCACCGGUCUAUAACGGCCCCGGGUCUAAAACACUGACACCGGUUUUCAACAGGAACGCGAUUGGUAGUGGUCCCAACACAGUCAAGACGGCACCAAUGCUCAAGAGCCCAUCGGUAAAGAACGGGCCUUUCGGGGUUGCCCUGGUGUCACCUUCCAGGUGCAAGGACAGCCCUGGCCCGAAUGGAUCAAGCUCUCGAGUCCCCAAGGCACCAGCUGGAUCACCAGAACCAACGUCUGGAAAUGCCAAGUCCACAUUUCUAUGCAUUCGGUGCGAAGAUUUGGAGCUUGAUACUAAUUUGCCACUACUGUGCUGUGCAUUGUGCUCGCGCUUUGAUGGGAUCAUGGUACCCAUUAGCAGGGAGAGUUUAUCGUAUUAUUUGAAUUGGACCUCGGAGUACGGCGGAUACGCCUAUGUACACCUGAUUUGCCUAGACUGGUUAACGUAUUCCAAGGUGGUGACCCCCUCUUUGCGGAAGUUCCCAAAGACCUCGAUGGACCAUCCAUGCCACUACUGUGGCAUGGCGUGUGGAGCUAUGAUGUCAUGUUCGCAUAACUACUGUAGCGUUAAAUUCCAUGCAUCCUGUGGCGCAUGGUUGGGUUGCAAGGCUGACAUGGGUAGGAAGCCUGACGGGCUCAAUGCUACUUCACGACGUGCAUACUGCUUGCGUCAUACGUUCCUAGGUAUGAUGCGCAUGAGUCAACUCGAGCGCAAGUUUAUGGUGGCGUCACCACAUCUAUACGACCUGCUAGUUGCUACGCGUAGUCAUUUGGCAACGUUCUAUGGAGGUGUCUAUCUAUCUAAGCAUUGCGUGCCAAACAAGAUGCGCAAUGAAAGUUUAACAAGGCCCGCUUUAGCUAGGCCUCCAGUAGCUGGAUUAGCGAGUGUCAAGCGGCCCAAGAUACCGCCUAAUGCUACCUCGUUCCACUUGAACAACCUCGGCAAUACCAUGAGUUUGCUCGGCAAUGUUAACUACAUGAGCCUAGGUCUAGUGCUUUCUAAGGUAACCUUCGGGCAGCCCAUGACUGAAUAUGCCAUGCUGCCCGAGACUACUGCACGUGACCGAUUGAUACAGGCUUUGAAUUGGACUGCUUACAACGGUGUGAAUCUAGUCACUGGCCGCAGGGACAAGAAGGAAAUACGCACUAUCAUAUAUUUAAUAAAGGCUGGCCAGCUGAAGCCCAUACACGGUAGUAAGCGCGGACGCAAACCGAAGUCACUUGACGGCUCGAAUUUCGACAAUAGGCAGAAAAUGCCCAUGGAAGAUAUACUCACGUACUGUCAUUCCGGUCAACUGGACUCUGGUGAGUUCUUUUGCCCCGUCUGCUUCUCUAUAUACUUCGAGCGCAGCCCGGGCUUACCCGGUGACGAUUUGCACUGGAUUGGUUGUGACGGUUGCGAACGCUGGUUCCACCUCGUAUGCGCUGGUCUGUGGGCUGACGGGCACGUGGACGCCAAUUCACCCAACUGGUUCUGCUUGGCGUGCUCACGCCAACGCGCACUUAAUACCAAAUAGCUGUCAAUUCAUUAACAACAGUUCUCUAAAGUUUGGGUUU